AUGAUGCUCUCCGAGCAAGCCCAAAAGUGGUUUCCGACCCAUGUGCAGGUCACCGUGCUCCAAGCCAAAGAUCUUAAGCCAAAAGGCAAAAGUGGCACCAAUGACACAUACACUAUAAUUCAGCUGGGAAAGGAAAAGUACUCCACCUCUGUAGCUGAGAAAACCCUUGAGCCAGUCUGGAAGGAAGAGGCCUCUUUUGAGCUACCUGGGCUGCUAAUGCAGGGGAAUCCAGAGAAAUACAUCCUUUUUCUCAUAGUUAUGCACAGGUCCCUGGUGGGUCUGGAUAAGUUUUUAGGGCAGGUGGCCAUCAAUCUCAAUGACAUCUUUGAGGACAAACAAAGAAGGAAAACAGAGAGAGGGAUAAAGGGCCUGAGCCAGAACACUUUGAUGAGUGGGACCUGGAAAGAGAACUUUUCUGUAUCUCCCGUUUUAAUGGGCAUCUGGGCUGGUUCGGGCACAAGAUUUAAGAAAACAGUACAGUACUUAAUAAUAGAAUGGUGGUUUAGAUUAGAAUCCAAACAAGGAAAAAGAGCCAAAAACAGGGGUGAGAUAAAGGUCAAUAUUCAAUUUAUGAGGAACAAUAUGACAGCAAGUAUGUUUGACUUAUCAAUGAAGGACAAAACAAGAUCUCCUUUUGCAAAAUUAAAAGAUAAGAUGAAAGGUAGAAAAAAUGAUGGGACAUUUUCUGAUACAUCUUCUGCAAUCAUUCCAAGUUCUCACAUGCCUGAUGCCCAUACUGAAUUUUCAAGUAGUGAAAUACAGAUGAAAUCUAAACCAAAAAAGCCUUUCCUUUUGGGUCCUCAGCGACUCUCUUCAGCACAUUCAAUGUCUGAUUUAACUGGGGCCCACAUAUGCUCGGAGAAGCUGAAGUCUGGCACCGUUGCUCAAACGCAUCUUCUUGGCCGCCAGAUAGAUUCCUUUGGAGCAGUUCCGGAAAGUGGAAGUCUCAAAUCUCCACACAGAAGAACAUUAAGCUUUGAUACUUCUAAAAUGAACCAGCCUGACAGCAGUGUGGAUGAAGGUGAAUCGUCUUUCGGAAGACAAAAUGACCCAUUUACAAAUGUGACUGCUUCAUUACCCCAAAAAUUUGCAACACUGCCAAGGAAGAAAAAUCCAUUUGAAGAAAGCAGUGAAUCAUGGGACAGCAGCGUGAAUUUAUUUUCAAAAUCAAUUGAAGUAAGAAAAGAAAACAAGAGAGAAAAAAGGGAGAAAGUCAGCCUCUUUGAAAGAGUGACGGGAAAAAAAGACAGACGAUCUGAUAAACUGAACAACGGGGGAGCCGAUAGCCCUUGUGACUUGAAAUCACCUAAUGCGUUUAGUGAACAUCGGCAGGACUAUUUUGAUUAUGAGUCAACUAAUCCGUUUACAACAAAAUUCAGGGCUUCAAAUAUAAUGCCAUCUUCAAGUUUUCAUGUGAAUCCGACAAGUCAUGAGGACCUCAGGAAGAUUCCGGAGAGCAACCCCUUUGACGCCACUGCAGGCUAUCGCAGUCUGACCUACGAGGAGGUACUGCAGGAGCUGGUGAAGCACAAGGAGCUCCUGAGGAGGAAGGACUCGCACAUCCGGGAGCUGGAGGACUACAUCGACAACCUCCUGGUCAGGGUGAUGGAGGAGACGCCCAGUAUUCUCAGAGUGCCCUACGAGCCGUCCAGGAAAGCUGGCAAAUUCUCCAAUACUUAA